CUGGGGGAAGAGAGGGCUUUUACUGCGCAACCGCAAGUGGUGCGUGGCUCUACUGGCGCAGCGAUUGGCUGGUUGGAGCCGCCGCCGGCGCCGAUUGGUUGUUUCGAAGCCGAGGCAAUGGCUGGGCGCUCGAGACGGUUGGCGGGAGGCCCGACGUGUUCUUGACGGGAGUGAUUCUGAGGGGAGGAAAGUGGCCGAGAGAUCGCGGCAUCGGCGGGCUCUUUCCGUUUAGUGCCUUCAUUAUGGAUGAAAUAGUAGCUGAAUACAUCAGGAGAACUGUACUACGAAUACCACGUUCAGAAAUAGGAAAAAUGCUGACUACAUGGGGGUUCCUUUCUGAGAAUCAGCUUCAGUCUAUAAACUUACAUCAGAUAAAAGAGAAUCUGUCCCGAGAAGUAGUUCAACUUUGUGAGGAAAAUGGUGCAACGAUCAAGCAUGCAGCAAAUCUAGACAUCAUUUAUAAUUACACAUAUAGAGAUAAAAAAACCUGGACAGUUUACAAGAUGACUAGAGAAGGUGGUGACGAAAAUAUCAUUUUCAACAUGGUAGAUUUCAAAAACAAAUUUAAAACCAGCCUUCAGUUGCUUCUGAAAAAUGUCACUAUCACCUUUAAGAAAUAUGAAGACAAUUCAGUGUGGAUUCGAGUUGCGUGGGGAACACAGUUUAAAAAACCAAACCAGUACAAGCCAACCUAUGUUGUUUACCAUUCGCAGACUCCUUAUGUCUUUAUUUCCCAUUCCAUAUAUAAAAGCUGCAGAGAUAUGCUUUUUCAGGCCCUGUUGGCUGCUACCAGUUACAGUGAAAUCCACGAAAUGGACCUUCGAAGCCGUUGUUUAGACUCCCUCAAAGAUAUUGUAUUUAAGCGGUGUAACCAGAAUGUUCAGAAUUUUCAUCCGCGACCUCUACAGGAAAGGAACAGCGCUUUGGGAAAGGUGGACCCAAGGAUAAUUCAAGAAGAUAAAAACAAAAAGGAGACCAUUUGGAGAAUUAAUGAGGAGGACUUCGGAAAUGGAUCCCUGCCAAAACUACAAUAUGCGCAAUACAAGCUUGAGACAGUAUUCAAAAGUAAACCAGAACUGGGCAUCUUAAACGACAAGGAACCAUUUAGAUGCUUGGUCACGUUUUCUAGCCCUCAUCUUUUAGAAGCACUGAAAUCCCUUGCGCCUGCCGGUCUUGCAACUGCUCCUCUUUCACGUUUACUUACCUGCAUUGUCCCAGAUGCCAAGAACAGUUUUAAAAUUACUGAGAAAAAGCAUGGAUUUUCACAUGGCCAUCCAGACCAAUGACCUCCUUAAAAUGGUUCGCUUCAUUAUUAUUUUUUUUAAAAAAACAUAUUUGCCCAGCUGACUCUCCAUCAUGUAAAUAUAUUCUGUAAAAACAAAAGAAAUCACUUAAUUCAACAACUCAGGUUUACGCUCUGUGUUUGGUUUCCUAGCAAAAUCUGCUUGCUAAACUCACAUUUCUCCAGAUUGUAAAAUAUUCACUGAAGACUGGAAUCUGUAAGUUCUCCACUUGCUCAUGUUAAGACAAAGUCAUGUUUGCAGGCUCUAGCUCGCAAAUAUUUUCUGUACAGCUGGACUAUUCUUUGGCUGUGUAGUAUAACAAAAUACUAUCUUUUGUGGCAAGUAAAUGUUUCAGACACAUAACUUUACUCAUUCCACUAUCAGCUUUAGAGUUUUGGCUUGCUGAUAUAAAGGGCAAUGCCAGACAAUGGUAUCAAUAAUAAUAAUUUUAAAUGUUUAAGUAAUUUACAUAUUAUACUAUUUGUGUUUGUCAUAGGAAUUCCUGCUUAAUGGUGCCUAGCUAAUUCAGUAUCUGAUAUCUUCUGUUCAAAGCUUUUUAUCCCUGAAAAUUAAUCAUUAUUGGUGUAUGAGAUAGUUGAAAGCCAUGUAAAACCUGGGCUGUGACUAAUUAAUUGCUACAAUAAUAACCCUGAUUAAAGACACCAGGUGAAAGCAUGCAGUUGACCCUAUUUUAGCAGUUUUAAGUAGUGUGCACAUCUGGUUUAUGAUGACAUAAAAAUACCUGUCUGUGUUCUAGA